AUGGAGAAACUACCGUCUUGUUCAAUGGAAAUUGGAAGAGUACCUGUGUUCUUGAUGAACAUGUCAAUUUUUGGAGGGGCGUAUGUUGUGGCGUUUAUAUUACUAUGGAGGCUAGCGAUUUUUGGGCUUCCGUUUAUUAUAAUUUUAGCUAUACCUGGUUUGAUUUAUGGAAGGGUUAUUAUGAGCUUGUUGAGAAAGAUCAGAGAGGAGUACAAUAAGGUUGGUACAGUGGCGGACAAGGCGAUUUCAUCCUUGAGGACCGUUUAUUCUUUUAUGGGUGAAAACAAGACGAUAACAGAGUACUCUGCUGCUCUUCAAGGUACUGUGAAAUUAGGGCUAAAGCAAGGUUUGGCUAAAGGAAUAGCGAUUGGCAGCAACAGCGUCGUUUUUGCAGUUUGGUCUUUUUUUGUCUUGGUAUGGUAG